AUGAUCCCGAAACUUUCUUUACUUCUUGCCCUGGCUGGCGGGUUAUCUGCAGUCGCACUUCCGAGCAGGAACAGCACUCAACAGAAUGCUUGCCUGCACGUCUCUAAACUCGCCGCACAGGCUAGAAAAGCAAACGUAACGGAUCUCGUCACAGUUCCCGGGGAGUUGGCCUACAACUGCCUUCGAUCUAUGCCCUUUGACCCUAUCAAUGGUACUGUUUUCGCCGCCGAAAUGACGAAGUUUGUUCAAUGGCAAAGCACGCUCGAGGUACUCCAAAACCCGCCACUUGGAUACUUGUCUCCUCCUACCAAUCUUCUAGGUGGCCUUGAAUUCAUUGAAGCCAUGGCCUUGAUAGGAGAGUUCAGCAACCAGUACGAGUUUGACCAAGCCAUCAACCUGUUAUUAGCAACUUCCAAUGACGGACACCUUGCUAUUGAGACCUGCUCUUCAUCGAUCUUCCGCUUUAUGCUAGAUCUCCCUGUGGUAUCAAUCUCUACGGAUGGAGUCGAGAUUCCACAGAUCUAUGCUGCAGCGGAUGCAAAGUUGCUCAAUUCAGGUUCCUCAACUGUCUCCCCUAUUAUCGCUAUCAAUGGUGAGCCAGCAGCAGAGGCAAUAGAAACCCUAUCUACCCUGAUGUUAUUGCAGGACCCAGAUGCUCGAUAUAAUAUGAUGUUCAUGUCGCCCUUGCGGUCAGUGGCCGAUUCGUUCCCUCCUCAAGGAGCCUUCGCUAUGCAACAGCUAGGUUGGCCUGGGCGAGCGCAGUAUGAGGUAGAAUUUGCCAACGGGACGACCAUUCGCAAGCCAAUUGUUGCCCAGACGGAUGUCGGCUUUGCGUAUACCAGUGGUCAAUCCUUACUUAACGGCGCUUGUCUCAAGACUAAAUCAUCUUCUGGGUCCCUGUCCCCAACAUCCAGUGGGGGAUCUUUAAACACCACAAACCCUUUGCCAUCCGUUUAUCCUAAGCCUCUCGUGCGGGAUAAUUACAAUAUGCUUUCCGGUUACUAUCUCAGCGAGCCUGAUCUGCAGGAUGUGGCUGUUCUUGCCAUUCCUAGCUUCGAACCCUCCGAAUACGCCAUGGAGCCCACCGAGUAUGCUAUUCGCGCGACCAAAUUCGUCAUGCAAGCCGCCAGAGACGGCAAGAAAAAGAUGGUUAUCGAUCUGUCUGCCAACCCGGGAGGUGAUGUCAACAGUGGUUUGGACAUGUUUAGGCUGUUCUUCCCCGACCAAGAUAUCUAUCAAGCUUCUCGCAUGCGCGACCACGAGGCUUUCAAUCUUGCCGGACAGGCACUUGCCCAUCUUGAUGUCACCAAGAAAGCUGAUUAUCUUGCUUGCGCCAAUGCCAGUGGGCUUUGCAUCGAAGCUUUUGUCAAACCCGACCAAACUCCGACUCAGGUUUCGCAUUUUGAAUCAUGGGAGGAAAUCUACGGGCCCCAUGAACAGCUUGGAGGGAACAUGUCAGCCUUGAUGGGUCUUGAAUGGCUGGCAAAAUAUUCCGUGCUUGAGGCUCCGAUUCGAGGCUACGGCGGGAUUCCUCAGAUUCCCAGCCAGCGUCUAUUCGAGCCGGAGAAUAUUCUCUUGUUGACCGACGGACUCUGCACAUCAACCUGCACAAUCUUCGCAGAGCUCAUGAAGAACCAAGGCGCCGUCAAGAGCCUAGUCUUUGGCGGACGUCCACGAACCGGCCCAAUGCAGGCCAUCGGCGGUUCUAAGGGUAACACUGCUGCCAUGUUAACGACCAUUUUAGCAAUUGGAGAGACGGCGUACAAAGUCGCUCCCACUGCCGAGCUAAAGAACAAGCUCUAUGAAGCCUUCCCAAACCCCCAGAAAAUCCCCUUCCAGCUUGGUGGGGAAGGAGGGGAGGUCAACUUCAAGAGCUCCUACCGCAAAGGGGAGGAUGAGGUGCCUUUGCAGUUCAUCUAUGAGGCCGCCGACUACCGCCGCUUCUAUACUUAUGAGAACAUCGUAAAGCCCGAAACCAUGUGGGCUGAUGCUGCUCGUACCUUCUGGGGCGAGGGGGGAUUCGUUGCGGGUUCGAGGGAGAUGGGCUUUGUCUCUGGAUCACCCACGAGUGAUUAA